UAACCCUAUCCUUAUAUUUAGCAUAUUAAGGCUACAUGCUACCUAACUAUCCAGUUAACUAGCAUGUCUUGUGACCUUGACCUUGGAUUAUUACUCAUUAGCAAAAUUAAGAGCCAGUGUCAGUAGUAGCAGCUAGCUGGUUUCCGGGUUUUCUCUGCAGUGUUGUGAUUCUCAAGUUGCUCCUCAAAGAAAGAUGCACAACUCUGUCAGGAUCUCGCAAACUAGCUGAUAGUGAGUGAGCCUGCAUUUGGGCACUGUCCUGAAAAGUGACAUUAUAAGUGGCCUGUAUAGUGUUUUGUAUAAUGAUCCUAAUGCUGGUGGUGGUGCUCUACAGAAAAGAUCCUCUCUGCUGCAGAUUCAAGCCUCACAGAACAGAACACUAUACAGACAAUUCUCCACACUAUCACAGCAGGCACUCUUUGAUUGGCAUUGCCCAUAAUGAGCACAGUGCUACCAUGAACCAAGGAGCUCUUGGACCACAGGACAAUUCUCCACACUAUCACAGCAGGCACUCUUUGAUUGGCAUUGCCCAUAAUGAGCACAGUGCUACCAUGAACCAAGGAGCUCUUGGACCACAGCUUCCUGGAAGAGUGUUUAUCAUAGGGAUGCCAAAUGACUAUCACUUGAGUGGGCCUCUGCCGCGGCUGCCUACCUACGAGAGCGUCCGUAAGAGGGACAGACAGAGACACAUCCACAAUAUGAUUGCACACCGUUUUGGCCUCAGUAACUGCCAUGAUGAGCUUCCACCAACGUAUGAAGAAACCCUUCGGCAGUCCCUUGACAUUUCACCCGCAGAUCUGCAGUCUCUGGAUGUUAACCUGUCAGUCCACACACAGGAUCGUUCCUCACAACUCAGUGAUGGCACAUACAAUCCCAGUCAACCAUCCACACCACUCCAGGGGUUUUCCUCCUCUUACUGACCAGCACAGAGCUCUCUGAUGGGUCUAGAGUUCAUUGCCAAGCCACAGCAUGAGGAGGAGCGUUACUGUUGUUAGAGCCAAACAAGUGACGCCACCAGGGACAAGAAAAGAGUUUCGGGAAUGCUUGUGCUUUGAGGCAGAUCUGUUGAUAGAUCCCUGUGAUUCUGUUUGAAAGUAUUCUCAUGAUAAUGACUCUGACUCAAGCUGUACUCUCCCCAAGGGUGAGACUGACAUACUCUACAUUGUCCAUGCAGUUACUGGCAGGAAUCACAUUGUGUUUUUCCAAGAAUGGCAUAAUGGGGGGAUGUAUUCAAAAGUUUGACAAAUGUGAUUCUUUAGUGACUUAUGAGGAUUUUUUAAAAUUGAAACCUAAUAUUCAAUGCCCUUGACUUUACCAGAAUUUAUACCAAUUAAAUCCCAAAUGUUCAGUGUC